UUCUUCACGAGGGAAGUUAUUUAACUAUACCAACACAAACAUCAUAAUCAACAACCACUUACUCCGCCAUCAUAGCAUCGUGUGGUUAUUUUUAUUUCCCCACCACCACCACCACCCCUUCUACUUAUUAUACUAUAUACUAUUUUUAUUUAUUAUCAUCAUUAACUCGUUGACAAGUCUUGUCUCUGCUCUAUUUAAUAUUGGAACGAUCUUCCCUCCCCUCAAGUGGCAAUUAACCGAUCUUAUCACUUGUCUCAAGUGACUGUCUCACUACUAUCUUAAGCCCAUUCAUCACGGAGGUUGACACGACAACACAUUCCUUACCCUUUCCUGCUGGCAGGAUUCACAUUCUUCACUCGUCUAUUCAAGCCCUCUCUAUAUCCUGCGUCUUGCUCGCUUUCUUUUUUGUUUGCUGGCUAUCGCUCUCUCGUCUCUCCUCUUUUUCUUCCCCUGCAUCCUGCAAAGUACCAUGGCUGUCCAUCCCUACUCUCCUUACACCAACUUUGCAUCCCCCACCACCACCACCACCACCACCACCGGCAUCAUGGAUUUCGAUCGGGCGGCGCUGCAUGAGUUCAUCAUGCAGCCCGUCUCGCGAGACAUGAUCUCUCAUCUGGCUCAACAAGCGAUGCAGGUCAUCCGCUGCGAACCGCAUGUGACAGCGCAUCACGCGCAUGGCCAGCCUACUCCCCCCAGCACGCCGCCCUUGGAUGCAGACCUGCCUCCUCUACCAUCUGUCACCACCUUUAUUACCUCGCUAGUACUCCGCUCGCAGGUGCAGGUGCCGACGCUGAUGACCUCGCUGGUCUACCUGGCCCGGUUGCGGGCUCGCCUGCCCCCCGUCGCCAAGGGCAUGCGCUGCACAGUGCAUCGCAUUUUCCUGGCUUCCCUGAUUCUGGCAGCCAAGAACCUCAACGACUCCAGUCCUAAGAACAAGCACUGGGCCCGGUACACCUCCGUCCGCGGCUACGAGGGCUUUGGGUUCUCGCUGCCCGAAGUCAACCUGAUGGAGCGUCAGCUGCUCUUCCUGCUGGACUGGGACAUCCGUGUCGACGAGGCCGACCUCCUGCACCACCUGGAGCCGUUCCUCAUGCCCAUCCGUCGGCGUCUCCAGCUCCAGGAGCAGCGGCAGCGCGAGGCUCAGCUGCGUCAGCCCCGUGAAUGGCGUCGCUUCCAUGCCUCUGCCGACCUGUUUGCUGCUCGCCUUCACCGUCAGAAGGCCGAGGGUCGCCGUCUGCCUGGCGAGUCUCCCACACGGAGACGUCUGCCCCCCAGCCCAGCAUCGUCAGCUUCCCUUUCUUCCGUCUCCUCAGGCAGCUCUUACUGCGCCUCUCCAGCGUCCGUGGCCGAGUCGGAGCGGUACCGCCCGUACCCACCCCGUCGACGUCCCUCGACCCGCAGCCAUGCGUCCGUCUCUUCUCCGCCAGCUUUGCAGGAUGUCCCAGGCCUAUCACGUGCUGAAACGCUUCCCUCACUGAGCUCGCGUGCUUCCAGCAUCGCACCCAGCUCACGGGGCGACACGCCCGCUAGUCUGCGCACCUCCAGCUCGAUAGCCAGUAUGAACGAGGUGCACGUGGUGGAUGGCAGUCGCAGCCCAUCGGCGAGCAACGGCUAUGUCUCGAUGGGCGGCACGAAAAUGGAGGAGCUGUCGCAGCCGAAUAAGAAAGCCCGACACUCCCUGAGUCACGCACAUGGACCCGGACAAACCCACCCGGGGUUUGUAGCGCGGUUCCUGGCAUCCGCGGCAGGGUCGUACAUGGGAGGCCGUCGGCAUUAGGGUUCAUCGAGCUGGACUUGAUGAGUUUCGGACGAUUGUCUUCUAAUACCUGCAUUGCAUUUUUGCUUUUCCAUUUCCCCCUAUCAUCCCAAAUUUUGGGAUAGUUGAUGAAUUUCUUUUCUCUGUCUUACCGUGUGAUGAUAAAAGCAGUUGACCCAAUACCCUCUACCCCUCUCUCUUCCCGUGAUCUACAAGAGGAUAGUACUUACACUCGUAUCCCGUGAUGGUGAUUGAAUAUGCAUUGCACAGCGGCGUUGAUACUGGUCUCUUUGGAUAUUGAUUUUUCUUCCAUGUGUAUUUUGCUUUUUGUUCAUUCUUGACUUAUUUUUUUUUGGAUGCUUCCGCGUCGGUGAAUCUUUAUUUUUUCUACCCAAUACUUCCGUCCCAGAUUGCCCAACUGACCCCUUUGAUGAUGAUAUUAUUACCUGGAUCUGUAUGUACAAGCACGGUAGAUUUGCGCCCUACUUAUGGUAUAAUAG